ACCAUUUCUAGUCAUUUUUCCUCCCCUUCCCCCUCAUCAAUAUGGCCAUGACGGGUUCAUGAGGAACCCAGAGACGAUCUGGGUUCGUCCACCAUUUCCAGCCAUUUUUCCUCCCCUUCCCCCUCAUCCCCUUCCCCCUCAUCAGCUUGGCCAUCUCAUGAACCCAGAUUUGCUUUGGGUUCGUGACGAACCCAGAGCAGAUCAGGGUUCGUCGCGAACCCAAGUCUGCUCUGCUCUAGUUCGCUGCUCUACUCUGCUCUGGGUUCGACGCGAACCCAGAGCAGAUCCGGGUUCGUCGCGAACCCAAGUCUGCUCUGCUCUGGUUCGCUGCUCUGCUCUGCUCUGCUCUGGUUCGCUGCUCUACUCUGCUCUGGUUUGUUGCUCUGCUCUGGGUUCGACGACGAACCCAAGUCUGCUUUGCUCUGGUUCGCUGCUCUGCUCUGCUCUGGUUCACUGCUCUACUCUUCUCUGGUUCGUUGCUCUGCUUCGUUGCUCUGCUCUGGGUUCGACGCGAACCCAGGUUUGCUCUGGGUUUGUCGCGAACCCAGGUCUGCUCUGGGUUCGGCGCGAACCCAGAUCUCUUCUGGGUUCAUCGCAAACCCAUUUCUUUGUUGCCAUAGAUUAGGAAGAUGUAUGCUAACUCUCUCAUUCAUGGUGAUUCACACAUGCUUUUUGCAGAGGAUAGAAUAAGGUAAAGUAGAUUUAUGGAGGAAACAGUGGCAUUUCUUCUGAAAUUUUAUGUUGCUUUUAAUUGUGGAGUACUGAAUGAAAGAGGAUGAAAGAG